AUGUUGCCCAUAGCCAUCCAGAACGGCAGACACAGCUCGCUGCCCCCGUUGCUCCUGCCGGACGUGUUCCGCCCAACUCCUUCCUACGAUCCGUUUCUGCGAACCAAGCGCCAUUUCUCCAGCCUGGGCGCGGGCGCGGACGCGCCCGCGCUGAGCGUGCCGCCCGUGGCCUUGGGCCCAACUCCACACACGCUGGUAGCCGCGGACGCGGGCUUGGGCGUGACCAGCCUGGAGUCGCUGGCCUCGCUCGCCACCAAGCGUCGCAAGUUGCAGUUGGCCGGCUCCCGGGGUGCCAUCUCGCAUGCGCUCGCGCCCGCUUCGGCCGCUGCAGCGGCCGUCUCGGCCGUAACGCCGCCAGCUGUACACCCGGAGAGCGCUGCCACGACGCAGGGCGCGGCGGCGCACGGCGCUCCGGCCCGCGAAACGCCGGCGGUGCCUUCGCCGCCGUCGAGCGUCGGGUCCAUCACUCCGCACGAAAAACGCAUUGUGCCCGCGUCUGCGCCUGUGGCGUCAAUGGCGCCACUGUCGGACAAUAAGUCCGCGGCGGCCGCGGCGCAGGCCGUGGGGGACAUGCGGUCCAAGCGGCAGCGCAUAGGGCCCAGUUGCGACAGCUGCCGGCUCAAGAAAAUCAAGUGCGACGCGUCGAUCGAGAUCUUGUACCAGGACGAGUGCAUCGUGGCGCUGGGGUCCGACUCGCUGCACGUGCAGCUCACACCCGAGGACUGCGCGCAGCUGCCGUGCAAAGUGCGCGAGGCGCUGCCGCGCAGCGUGCUGGAGCACGUGACCGGGCAGGCACGUGACCCCGACCUCGCGCUCGUCAAGCACGUGGACAAGCUCGUGGCGUUCCGGCCCUGCUCGUCGUGCGCCAAGCGCUGCAGCGGCGCUGGCAGUGCUGGCGGGCCCGCGACUGCCACGGCGGCCGCGGCCGUCGAGUGCCAGUUCUCCAAGGGCCUCACCCGCGCGGACAUCAACGUGUUCACGCGGCUCGAGCGCCAGCUCGGCCCCCGCGACAAACUGGCGUCCUUCACGGUCGGCGACUACCGUCUCGUCGGGUACUAG